CCUUCUCGAGUCCUGAUACCCAAAAUCUUCUCACCUCUUUCGAAUUUCAAAGCUUAAAUUAAACCAUCUCUCUCUUUUUCUCUCUCCACAAAACCCAUCAAAGCUCCGAGCUUAGAUCUCUCUAUGCUAACUUCUUCAAGACCCACAUCACUCAGAAAGCUUAGGCUUCUUAUUUCCAGUUUGAUUGUGUCCUCAAAGAAUGGACUCUCUUCCAGAUGCUAUUGUCCAUUACAUUCUGUCUCACAUGAAUAAUGCAAGGGAUGUGGCCAUCUCUUCUUGUGUCUCUAAGCGCUGGAAGGAGUCAAUGCCCUAUAUUCGAAGCCUUUACUUCCCUCGCAAUUCCUUGGACAACAACAAUGGAGAAGACUCAGAUAUUAUUGUGGGCCGGAUGAUCUCUUCCAUUGUACGAUUAGAAGAGCUUGUUGUUUACUGCCCUUUCUCCAGUGCUGGCCUUGCCGCAUGGUUAUCGAGGACAAGCCAUUCUCUUCGGCAACUCGAGCUCCGAAUGGACAAUCUUACUGAGAAGCAGGCUAGAUUAGAGGGCCCCUCCAAGAUGGAUUGCAUUGAUUCUGCAAGGAAUCUGGAGUCACUCAGGCUCUGGGGUGUCCUCAUGACUCAACCUCCCAAAUGGAGGGGAUUCAAAAACCUUCACACACUUGCAAUAUGUGGAGCAAGAUUGAAGGACAAUGCUCUCUCUGGUGCAAUUAAAGCUUGCCCAAAUCUGAUCCAUCUUUCACUACUUGGGUGUGAUGGGCUGAGGUCGGUUACAAUUGAGUUGCAGCAUUUGAGGGAAUGCAGGUUGGAUUUUUAUGGAAUGGGGAAUUGCUUCCUCACUCUCAGCUGCCCAAACCUUCAAAUGCUUGAUGUCCAAGGUUGUAGUUGGAUUCGAGCUACCCAGACAAAUUGCUUGACUAAUCUUUCAAUAUCCAAUAGUGCAGGUAGAGUGUAUAAGGUGGAUUUUGGAAAGCUUGGGGUUCUAGAAUCCUUGUCCAUCAAAGGGGUUCAGUGGUGUUGGGAUGCAAUCACUACGAUACUACAAUGUGCGAGCGAAGUGAAACACCUAUUUAUGAAGGUCGAAUUCACAGGAGAUUUUGACACUCUGCAACCCUUUCCUGAGGUUGAUUUGGUUGAAUUCUUUAACAGUCAUCCUAAACUGCAAACCUUUGAAAUGCAUGGUGCCAUGUUUGCUGCUUUUUGCCAGAAGAACAGUUUAAAGAGUGUGGAUUCAAGAUUUGCUAUCCCAUACUUAGAAGAUGUGAUAAUCACAGUGAGGUCACCACUGAAUGCAGAACAGAAAAUAACUACUCUAGAGUCACUGGUGAAACAUGGAAAUAAUCUGAAGAGGAUGGUUAUAAAGAUUCUCCAGAUGAAGAAUUGCCAUAGUAGUGCAGAUGAUUUUUUUGAGGAGAUUUGUCGGUUCAGAUACUUGAACCACAAGAUAGUUAGGAUUGAAUGAAGCUGCUGCAACAAACUCCUCAAUCCUUGACACGUCAAAUUAUUCUUGUUGCUACUAAUUGAAACUGUGAUAUGCUGAUCUCUUUGAUUUAAUUGAGGAAUCUGAUUAUUUUUCACCUGAA